AUGGCCAGGCCAGUCUUGGUGAAGGUCCAAAAGGGAGAUCUAGCUACUGGACCACCAUAUCUGGAGUAUCCUGGCUCCUUUGUGCUGUGGCCCCUUGCCGGAACACAGCCUCCUGUAUCUGGUUUAACCUUUUGGAACCAGACCCGGAACGUCUACUUCUGGUACUACCAUGGGCUGAUUGUCUAG